AUGAACAACUUCAUAGUUGAAGGUGGUGGGACCAUCAAUGGAAAUGGAAGGCCAUGGUGGCGAAACUCUUGCAAAAUCAACAAAAGCCUCCCUUGCGUGGGUGCACCAACGGCUGUGACCUUCGACAAUUGCAUAAAUUUGAGAGUAGCCAACAUAAGGAUUAAAAAUGCACAACAAAUGCAUCUAACUUUUCAAGAUUGUGUGAAUGUCAAAGCUUCAAAUCUCAAAGUAAUUGCACCAGAGAAUAGUCCUAACACUGAUGAAAUUCAUGUCACUAGAACUCAAAAUAUUCAGAUUACGUGCUCUCUCAACAGAACAGGUAAAGGAAAGGAGCCAAGCAAGCAUGAAUUCUUAGUUCUAUUACUCAUUGGAAGCUUAGGAAAAAAUAAGGCAGAGGAUGAGGUUUCAGAUGUGGUUGUGGACAGAGCAAGAAUUUCGGGGACCACAAAUGGAGUAAGGAUAAAGACUUGGCAGGGAGGAUCUGGAUACGCAAAGAACAUCAAAUUCCAAAACAUUAUCAUGCACAAUGUGACUAAUCCCAUAAUUAUAAAUCAGAACUAUUGUGAUCAGCUGGAAUCAUGUCCAGAACAAAAUGUAAAUCCAGUCCGUGAAGGAGAGACAAAAGCAAAAGCUUCAUGCCAAAACGUCAGACUACCAAGCACAGAGAGGGUCUCUCCACUUUGCCAAUGA